UUGCGACGUUCAAAGUUCAUCCACGUGGCUGAAAACUAACUUGUUGUGCAUGUGUACGUGUACAUGAUGUCCAGAGCUGAAGUGGAGGGCUCGUCUGUUCCUGGCCAGGGCGUGGCUUGGACCAAGCACCUCAUUGAACAAGACAUACUCACACACUCAAGGGCGCUGAUGGAGCUCCCUCUGGCACUGCUCAAAAACCUAGGAAGGAUUGGAGUUGACUCUUGUUUCCCUGUACAGGCUCAUGUUAUUCCUGAGGUCCUGUCCUCCACUCAUAGUCCCCUCCUAAUGUGUGUGGGUGGGGAAAUUCCCCCUGACAUUAUGGUGUGUGCCCCUACCGGCUGUGGCAAGACUCUGGCCUAUGUUGUGCCUAUUGUAGCUGCUCUAAUGACCAGAGUGGUCCCUCAGGUGAGGGCGCUGGUGGUGGUGCCAUCACAAGAGCUGGCCUCUCAAGUUCAUCAAGUGUUCUUAUCUCUAACUCAUGGCACACAAUUAAAAGCUGGUCUUCUUUCAGAGGAAGCAACAUUGAUUGACCCCACCUACUACCCCCUGGCCAGCAGUAUGGACAUCCUUAUCACCACUCCAGUGCAACUCACUCAUUACAUUGACAGGGGUUCCUUGCCAUGUCUCCGCUAUCUUGUGCUGGAUGAAGCAGAUCGUCUCUUGCAAGCAUCACAAUGUCAAUGGCUACCCAAGCUAAUGGCUAGCCGCACUUCACACACAUCUCCACUAAGCACCACGCUACACACACUCUCGUCACUACCUCAUGUACAUGACCCACUACACCCACUCAUGGUACAACCAGUCAAGCAAGUUUGUGUACAGAAGCUCUUGUUCUCCGCUACAAUGACCUUUGACCCUGAACACCUUUCUGUGUUGCGUCUGAAUCGUCCGUUGCUGUUCUGUGUAUCAGAUGCUGACUCAGCAUUCACUCUACCCACGAGACUAGAAGAGGUCCUGGUCAAGUGUGGGGUGGGCAAGAAGCCGCUGGUUCUACUGCACCUGCUCUCACAAUCUCCAGCAGCACUUUGCUUCACUAACACUAGGGACACAGCACACAGAUUGGUCUUGUUACUACGAGAGCUGGGUCUAGUAACAGUGGCUGAGAUGACAGGAGCAAUAAGUUCUAGCAAAAGAAGAGAGGUUCUCGAAGACUUUAGGAGAGGACGCACUAAAGUGCUGGUGUGCACUGAUGCUAUGGCACGAGGAAUGGACCUACCUAAUAUCAACACUGUCAUCAACUAUGACCCACCAAGAACCUUUGGAAUGUAUCUACACAGAGCUGGCCGAACAGCUAGGGCGGGACAAAGGGGUGUGGUCAACACUCUACUCUCUCCUGAUGAGGUCCACCCCUUCAAAACCAUGCUGAGGAAAGUAGUCAAGAAAACUAUUAGCAACAUUACAGUCAGUCAAGAUGACCUUCGACCUUAUGAUGAACAAUAUAGGAUAGCUCUUGAUAAACUUCAAUCAAACACUUUACAAUAAUUGAACUUUGUUACAGUAUAUGAAAGAAUUAUGACACAAAUGACAUGCAAUGUUUACUACUGCACAACUAAUUAGAAUGAAUUUGAUAAACUGC